AAGCACUAUAAACUCACCCCCUUUUUCUGUUCUGAUACUGCGCUCUGCUCUGCUCUGCUCUGCUCCUCUUUUCCUCUUCUCUUUUCCAGCGAAACGGUUGGGCUUUACUGAAGAAGGGGGUAUGAAUAAAACAAUUAAAUAUAAUUCUCUUUUCCCUCCCCACACACACACACACUCAUUUAUUCCCCUCUAUGGCUUCUCUCGAUCCAAACCCUAACCCGAAGUAGAAAUCCUAUACAGGGAGCGCGAGGAGCGGGGCGAGGGGCAGCGACUCCGGCCCUCCCAUGGAGGAGCGGUUCCCGUCCUCGCGGGAGAACCCGAGGGCCGCGGGGCCGACGUCGCAGCGGCCUGUGGCGCCCUCGAUCACGGAGCGGUUCGGCGCCAUGCUCCGGGAUCGGGAGGAGAAACUCAGGGAGGCCACCGGCGAGGAGACGGUCCUCACCGCCGAUGACAUAGUCCGGUGCUACGAGGACGUCCUCUCCGAGCUCACCUUCAACUCGAAGCCCGUCAUCACGGAUCUCACCAUCAUCGCCGGCCAGCAUAUCCGGUACGCGGAGGAGGUCGCGGACGCCAUUUGCACGCGGAUCCUUGAGGUAGCUGUGGAUCAAAAAUUGCCUUCUCUAUACCUUAUUGAUAGUAUUGUGAAGAACAUAGGACAUCAUUAUGUGAGAAUUUUCGCUACUCGGCUUCCUAAGGUUUUUUGUGAAGCAUACAAUCAAGUCCAUCCUACCCAGUAUUCUUCUAUGCGUCACCUCUUUGGGACCUGGUCACAAGUCUUCCCCAGUAAAAUACUUAAAAAGAUUGAGGAUGAACUUCAAUUUUCUCCAUCUGAGAGUAAGAGAUCAUCAGGGAUCACAAGUACCAGGCAAUCAAAACCUCCAUCUCCUCAUCACUCUCGUGGUAUUCAUGUAAAUCCAAAGUACUUGGAAGCACGACAUCAAUUUGAACAAUCUGCUGUGGGUAUACCACAUACAAGUGUUUCUUCUAGUUUACACGUUUAUGAGCAGAAACCCUCCAAACAGUACAGUGAAUCUGAUUUUGAUCUACCUGAAUUGCUACCCCAGGACCUUGGGACAUCGGGGGCAGGUCCACCUCAAACAGCAAUGGUGCAUGUGUCCUCAGCGAUUGGAGCAGGAGGGUCAAUGCCUCAUUUGAAGAACAAGAUAUCACUAUCAUCAUCUCCUCCAAGAAUUGGUGUGAGAAGGCAUGUUUCACCACCUAAUAUGAGAUUUUAUAAUGGUAUUUCUGCUAGGAAGAUUGGUGGAAUGGCUUCUCCAUCUCAUUCUGGAUUUGUGUAUGGACCUGGCAGAGUUAGUGAUCCUAAUAGUCGGGCUGACAGGAGCAGGCCAUCCAAUGAAGAUCCUUAUCAUGUAGAAGUGUCCAUGCAGCACAACCAUAAAUAUGGAUAUGGCAAACAGCAUCCAAGAGACUUGAUUGAUGCAUAUGGAAAUCCUAGAGGAAGAGUUUCUUCCUAUGAGAAGUUUCCAAAGGUUCAACGUCUUGAUGUGAAUGGCAUAGCCAGUGAAGCAGCCACCAGAAAAUGGAAGAACUCCGAUGAAGAGGAGUAUGUCUGGGAGAGUAUGAGUCCAACUUUAGCUGAUCAGAGCAGAAGGAAUAGCCUGCCACCAUUUGGACCUAGUUCUGGAAGCAUUAGCAACCGAACUGGUAUAUCCAUAUCUAAUCCUGCAAUGCUGGAAACAGAUUUUCAAAGGCACAGUUGGCCUGUCCAAACCCAGUCUCAUCCUGGAUCAAUGAUGAAGUAUCUGGAUGGUACAACAAGUCAGACUGGGUCCCCCCCUCACCAUCAGAAGUUGAACCGUACUCGAGAUUCUGGAAAGUUUAGUUGUCUGUUCCCACAGUCUACGCGGCAGAGCCUUAGCCCAAGAUCACGUAGCACGGCUCUUGCAUUAGGGGGAGUGGCACCUUCUAUUGGUCAGAAACUCCCUGUAGCACAUGAUAGCUUGCCUGACAUAGAACUACCACUCCGGAGCUUAUCAAAUGCUCAUGAUGAUCCUUUGAAAAUAAACACAGCUGUGAUAGAUAGGCAAUCAACACUAAGACCAUAUUCACCUCCUCAAGAUAUGUUGCCUUCUGCUCAUAAAUCUCAGUCACUGCCUUGUCUCUCCAUACCUCCAAAUCAAAAGCUGGUCAAUGGUCAACUUGAUAUUUCUGAACCUAAUAAGUUGCUAAUGAACCAAGGAGCCGACCCACGUAUAUUUGUGCCUGAGAAGCAAUAUGAUAUUGUUGAUAAGUAUAGUUCAGAGUCAGUUAAAUUUAUCCAUUUUCCCUACCAACCUCCUAGUAACACACAUCUGAAUCAGCAAAGUCAGGUACAAGGAAUUUCUAUGCCAAUGCGGACUCCAGAGACUUAUGGGAGUAUUCUCCCACCUGCAACAGCCCUGGUUUCAUCUUAUUUAAUUGGCCAGCCUGUAAAUCACUUGCAAACAUUAGGAACUGGGGUUUCUGUGGUUUCUGUUUUGCCAUGUUCUUCAUUUGCCACACCUUCUGUUACAGUGCACAGAACAAUUGAUACAUCAUUACAUUUACAUGGUAGCCUUUUGCCACCUUUGCCUCCUGGACCACGUCCUGCCUCAUCACAAAUGGGACCUACCCCUCAAACUAUGAGUUCCUCAAUAUCUAGCUCUCCUGCAAGUGCUUAUUCAGGCCUUAUUGGUAGUCUCAUGGAACAAGGGUUGAUAUCAUUGAAGCCAUCUGUCCAAAGCCAGGAAACUUUGGGAAUUGAAUUUGAUAUUGAACUUCUUAAGGUGAGGCAUGAGUCUGCAAUUAAUGCUUUGUAUGAUGACCUUCCAAGGAAAUGUGCAACUUGUGGCCUACGUUUCAAGGGCCAAGAAGAGCACAGUAGUCACAUGGAUUGGCAUGUAACGAAAAACCGGAUAUCAAAGAACCGUAAACAAAAGCCCUCUCGCAAAUGGUACGUGAGUGCAAAGGAAUGGCUAAGUGGUGCAGAAAUACUAGGAAACGAUGUUGUUCCUGGGUUUUUGCCCACUGAAUCAGUUUCAGAAAAAAAGGAAGACAUAGAGGUGGCAGUUCCUGCAGACGAAAAUCAAAAUGUUUGUGCAUUAUGUGGGGAGCUUUUUGAGGAUUUUUACAGUGAUGAGACAGAGGAAUGGAUGUAUAAGGGGGCAGUUUAUUUGAAUGCUCCAGAUGGAUAUAUUGAAGGUUUAGAUAGGUCUCAGCUAGGUCCUAUUGUCCAUGCCAAGUGCAGGUCUGAGUCUAAUGAAUGUUCUGUACAAGCAUGACGGGAAACUGACCCCAGAUGUCAUCGGCUCACCAAAUUGCAGCAUUAGGUUAUGUAACCUGUAAAUAACUUGGAAGAAUUGGGGGCCACAUGGUAUGCAAAGCUUCAUCUCUUUCCCAUAAUGGUCAAGCCAGCCUACCAUGGCAUAAUAUUCAUUACGGUACAUGUAAAUUUAGAUCUGUGUACCUACUGUACCAAAGUCUAUAUGUUUAAUCCAUCUCUUCUUUUACUCUCUUGUGCUUUUACAUUAUAUUAUGAAAAGCUUCAUUUGAUGCUACGUCUAAAAUUUUAGUGGUGUGGUGAUGUGGUCUAGAGAGUAACAUUUCUCUUCUCAUAAUUUGACCUUCUGUGUCAUUAUUUUCUUCUAUUCCCCGUUUCUCUCUUUUUUUUCCUCUUGUACAGUGUUUUGCAGGGAGAGUAAAAAAUUUUGAGUGUAGCAAUUUACCUUUCACCGGUUGGUGGAUGAGGAUAAAUAAGCAUGGACAAUGCCUCUGGAACUGUAGCAGCAGCGGCUAUGGAACUAUCCUUUCCUUCUUUUUUAAACAAAAAAGCCUGAAUCUGACAACCUGAAUUUGAAGUGUCUUGAUUUGCGGCUAAAGAUAUUGUAUGUAUUUAUAAAUCUCCACAUCCCUGUCAAAUCUUUGCAUCUUAAAUGCCUUGUCAAGUCUGUCUUUGGUGACAAAUGCUUUGUUGUAAUGGAAAGAUCAUUGUUCUGCA